AUGACAAUCCAUAAUAAUAGGAGCGUUUCUCACCCAGAUACAUUUUUCCUCAUUGGGAUCCCAGGUCUGGAGGAAAUCCAUGCCUGGAUUUCUCUGCCUUUCUGCUGUAUUUAUCUUGUGGCCCUAAUGGGAAAUACCAUGAUCCUGGUAGUUAUCAAGACAGAGCGUUCUCUCCGAGAGCCCAUGUUCUACUUUCUGGCCAUCCUUUCUUCAGUCGACUUGGCUCUUUCUACAACCUCUGUGCCCCGUAUGCUUGGCAUAUUCUGGUUUGAUGCCCAUGAAAUAAACUUCGGUGGCUGUGUGGCUCAGAUGUUUUUGAUCCAUGCCUUUACUGGCAUGGAGGCUGAGGUUCUCAUGGCCAUGGCUUUUGACCGUUAUGUAGCCAUCUGUGCUCCACUCCACUACACAACCAUCUUGACAUCUCGUGUCCUGAUGGGCAUCAGCAUAUGUGUGGUAAUUCGUCCAGCCUUGUUUAUAUGCCCAAUGGUCUAUCUCAUUUACCGCUUACCCUUUUGUCAAGCUCAUGUAAUAGCCCAUUCCUAUUGUGAACACAUGGGCAUUGCAAAAUUGUCCUGUGGAGACAUCCAUAUCAACGCUGUGUAUGGCCUUUUUGUGGUCUCUCUCUUUCUUUUGAACUUGGUACUUAUUGGCAUCUCAUAUGGGUACAUUCUUCGUGCUGUGUUUCGCCUCCCAUCUCAGGAUGCACGGUUAAAAGCCCUCAGCACAUGUGGUUCCCAUGUUGCUGUUCUCUGUGUUUUCUACAUCCCAUCAGUCUUCUCUUUCCUCACUCAUCGAUUUGGACACAACAUUCCACACUACAUUCACAUUCUUGUUGCCAACCUCUAUUUGGUCAUUCCUCCCUCCCUCAAUCCCAUCAUUUACAGUGUGAGAACAAAGCAGAUAAGAGAACAUGUUCUCCACAUAUUCACUAAAAGGUAA